AUGGCAAAACUGAACGCCAGUUUCAAAGUUAUGAAUCUGAUGGUAUUUUUGGAAGUGGUCAUUUUUGUCGAUGGACAUCAAUUUCAUACAAGACAACAACUCAUGUACGCUGCAGAAAAUCGCGCACUACAAGGGUUUGCAUAUGCAACCAAAACUGUGCGAUCUCGUGUCAUCUGUGGACGGGAAUGUAGCAUGGACAAACGUUGCAUGUCGUUUAACUUUAACGACUGCAGUAAAAUAUGCGAGUUGAACCUCGCCACAAGACGAGAUCAUCCCGAAGACUUCAAUGCAACUCAAGGGAGUGUGUACUUUGAUGCAGAUGAGGACACACCUCUCUACUCACUGACUGAUAGCUCCUUGAAUCUCUACAGAAGUUGCAAGAUGCUCUUAGAUGCCGGUUAUCAUUCAAGCGGUAUCUACACAAUCUACCCAGAGCGAUUUGAUGGUUGCAGUCUUCGUGUCUACUGUGACAUGAAAACUGACGGCGGAGGAUGGAUCGUGUUUCAGAGGCGACAAGAUGGCAGUGUGGACUUCUACCUUAACUGGGCCGAGUACCAGUCUGGCUUUGGUGAUCUGUCCGGUGAGUUCUGGUUGGGCAAUGACAACUUGGUGACUCUGACGUCUGAUGAUUCACGUGGAACAUGGGAGCUACGAGUUGAUUUAGAAGACUGGGAGAACAACACGGCAUGGGCAAAGUACUCAGAUUUCCAAAUAUCCCCGGGUGAGUACAAUCUGAAUAUUGGCCAAUACGAUGCCAGCAGCACUGCCGGUGACUCUCUUGCGUAUCACAGAGGACGUCCCUUCUCAACAAACGAUCGUGACAAUGAUGUAUGGGGAUCAAAUUGUGCACAAUCCCGCCGCGGAGCCUGGUGGUUUCGUGGUUGUUCGCACUCCGGCUUGAAUGGUCAAUAUUACCCAGAUGAGCAUGCAGCCGCUUAUGAAAAGGGCGUGUAUUGGCACCACUGGAAAGGCUAUUCCUAUUCUCUGAAAACCUGCCAGAUGAAACUCCGUGCUAUGCGGCAAUGA